UAGGCUUAAAACCAUUCAUUAAAACCUGGGCUGCCUCAAACUCUCAUUCGUCCAGUUGUUCUGUGCAUGUAUACGUAUGUAAAAGACAUGUUUUCAGCAUGGCAAUUUCAAAUCCAGCAAGCAGUACUUGCGCAAGGAUGUAGGAUAACAUAAUUACUGACCCACAAAAACACAUUUUUAAUAAGAUCACGUUUAGCAGCAAUUAAUUACGUUGGAAGUUCUUAUCUGAAUAGUCUCAAGGGAUUGCUGCAUGUAAUAACAGUAAAAAAGGAGUACAACCACUACGAUGACUGGAUCUCAAAGAAAACCUGGACACAGGAAAAUGACACACUUCUCAUAUCGCUCACACAUUGCACAUCUCAUUAUCCCGUUCAUCAAAACCAGCCUAAUUCUCAUUGCAUUCCCAAUUUUCUCAACGUCCACAUCUGAACUCGAUUAUGGAGAUCAGACAAGUUUACAAUCGCAAACAACAUAUCCACGAGUGCCUCUAUCACCGUCAACAAGUUCUGUCAAGUGUAAAUGUCAACAGGUGUCAUCCGGAGAAGUGGCGUCAUUAUCAACGGACACAAUUGAGGAUAGAUCACAUAAUACGGAACAUGAUUCGGCAUCCAGCAAAGCAAUUGAAAUCCAAAUCUUCAACUCAAACUCGGACCUUCGAAAGUCUGAAACACAAGUUCAAUCAGACUCUCACAGCGUACACGACUCCUCAUCAAUCAAAAAAUUCAAAUCAUUCAGGACUUCACAACUGUCGAACUCCAAUGCUGCAGUUACACCAGAUUUUCUACUUCUUGGUAAAAGCUAUGGACCCUUUGCAGGACCACGAAGGAGAAAAAAGAGAGCUGUUUCCCCGAAAAAUGACAAAGUUUUUUAUGUGUACUCAUAUCCAGUUAAUACUCUGGAUUUGCAUACCCAACCUGCUGCAACAACCGAAAAAUCUCAAGAUACACGAUCUGCAACUCAAACCUUGCUUUCUUCAUCGUCUACUUCAGGUCUCAAUUUUCAUUAUUCCCAUAAACAAUUCAAUAGUACUUAUGCAGAACCUCCGCUUCAGGAAAGGACGACUGAUAUUAACGGUGUGGAACGAUCUGACAAUGUUAACGAAAUUAUUAUUUCUGAAAAAAUUACAACAAAACCAUCGAAUAUAACUACUGCUACUCAUCCACAACUUUCACCACCAUCAAAAUCGGACUCUAACAAUUCCAGUCCACUGACUUCACAAACGCCAACUCUCAUCUCACCGACGAUAGCAACGCAAAUAAUUCAUCAAUUUCCUUCCCCAGUGCAAAUUCCGUCCUACUCUUAUCAGUUUCAACGAAAAGGUGACCUCCUCCACUCUCCCUGGGAUAAUCGUAUCACUCAAACACCAGUGCCCGUUUUUGACAGAGACGCGUCUCAACCCGGAUUCUUUUCUCCAUUUCUUGCCAAGUUCAUUGAUUUUGAAGUGAAUCAACAAGAAUCUGCCGAAUUCCUGAGAAAAAUACUUUUUGCAUUUGCAAUUGGUACACUGAUUGCUGCUUGGAUUGCGUUGGGUGUGGCUCUUGGAGUAUUUCCACUUCACCUCCUCUUUUCCAAUGAAGAGAAAACACGGUCAAAUUCUGAACUCAAACGAAAUGUUCUGAAUGGAUCGGAUUUAGACGAAUUAGGGCAACGUGUGAGCCUUGCAUUGGACUCGAUGUGGCUUAAGGCUUUGGAAGACAGAGUUAAAAAAGAUCCAGAGGGGGAUUUUACUGUUGCAAAAUGUUGUAUACUUUCCAACUUGAAGAAAGUUGACUGCGUCCUUGUCAGGAACAACAAAGAAAGUGGGAAAGUGGGAGGGGGUCCAGUCUCCUGUGCUUCAGGUCUGGUUUAUAAUUUCCAAUUCGGCGAAGACGACCAAGAUGAAAAUGACGAUGUCUUGACAUGAUGAUUAUUAUUGUCGUCGACAUUUUGAUUAGAUUGUUGCAAUAUGCAAUGUAUUUGAAAGGGCUCCAAUGACAUUAUCAGGGUAUUCGCAGUUUCAAUUGCUAAAUUUUUAAUACAUAUAUGCGUACACAACAUUUUGAAAUAUAUAAGACUGAUAUAAUUUAUUAUAUGUAAUUAUUGCUCGUACUUCAAUAAGUAUGAUUGAUACAUAAGCAAAUAUAAAUUAUUUCCAUUAAUUUGAUACUUAGU